ACGGUAUCCCUUCAUUCAUUGUCAGCUUCCUGGAGCCAUUUUUGAGCUGGCAGGGCUGAGACUCGCGCUAGUUUCUAAUCCAUUGCAUCUGCCUAAAUGUGCUCUCAAUAUACUUUUAAACAUACAUAUAUCGGCAAAUAAGAUCAUAAUCUACUCGUUCAUAUCAAUAUUUUUGAAUUUGUCGCGGUGGAUUAGCUGAAAAGGGGCUUUAAACUAAAGGGACAAAGGGUACCCGAGCCCACAAAGAUGAGAAGAGGGAUCUCAUCAGCCCCGGAUAAAGUAAUAAUAGCAGGGGUUGGAGGCUCUUUAGAUAAAAAUGCGGUAUUGACAGCAUUGUCCGACCGGUUAACCCCUCAUUUUACAACUGCCACUUAUAUACAAAUUAUAACUCCACCGCCUUGCAUUACACAGACUUCAAAUGUCUGUUUGUCCGAACCUCCAGCUGGCAGUAUAUAUUCCACUCCAAACGGAGCAACAAACGGAGCCGGACAACGACCUACAUUAGGACGUCCACCGGCCAAGCGGAGGUUGGCGUUGGAUGAGUCGGACCACCAGUACCCCAUCGAAGGAGCCAGGACCCCCAGGGGAAAGGCUGGAGGAGCCUCCGGGCCAGGGCUCAAGAGCCCCAAAAGUAAGACUGGGCCAGAGCAGAUAGCUCCAAAGUCACCGGCAGAGAAGACGCGCUACGACACGUCGUUGGGUCUGCUAACGAAGAAGUUUGUUGAGCUGCUGGGCCAGUCGUCUGACGGCGUCAUCGACCUCAAUCAGGCUGCAGAGGUUCUCAAGGUGCAGAAGAGACGCCUCUAUGACAUCACCAACGUUCUGGAGGGGGUGCACCUCAUCAAGAAGAAGUCUAAGAACAACAUACAGUGGAUGGGCUGUAACCUGUCAGAGGAUGGGGGUAUGUUGACCAGCAGCCAGAGUCUGAGCAGUGAGCUGUCUGACCUGGGUCAGGAGGAGAGGAGACUGGACGAGCUGAUCCAGAGCUGUACCCUGGAUGUCCAACAGAUGACAGAGGCCUCGCACAGCCACAAGUUUGCGUAUGUGACAUACCAAGACAUCCGUCAGCUGCGCAACCUGAAGGACCAGACGGUCAUCGUGGUGAAAGCUCCCUCUGAGACCAAGUUGGAGGUGCCAGACCCUCAGGAGGGCCUGUCUGUCCUCCUCACCAGCACCAAGGGGCCUAUUGAGGUGUUCCUCUGUCCGGAGGAGAACAACGCCAGUAGUCCUGUGAAGAACGGCAGCCCGGAUGUCCAAGGAAACUCCUCACCUUUCCUCAAAGUGUCAGCAGAGAGUGCAACAGGCGGCAGCAGUAAGGACUAUGUCGCUCCAGCUCCCCCUGCAGUGAUGGUGACCAACCUGUCCCCCAUCACCUCUCCUUUCACCAGCCUGCUGCUGCAAACAGAGGACCAGAUCCCCUCCUCCCUGUCUGGGCUCCUGGAGGGCCACGGGGCCGGGCCCUUCGUCAACCUGUCCCCCCCUCUCCUCAACGAGGACUACAUGCUGAGCUUAGACGACAAUGAGGGAAUCAGUGAUCUGUUCGACACCUACGACUUUGACAAGCUGCCCCUGGAAGAACUCAUGUGUCCCUCUAUGUAAGAGGGAGGGGUGGAAGAACUCAUGUGUCCCUCUAUGUAAGAGGGAGGGGUGGAAGAACUCAUGUGUCCCUCUAUGUAAGAGGGAGGGGUGGAAGAACUCAUGUGUCCCUCUAUGUAAGAGGGAGGGGUGGAAGAACUCAUGUGUCCCUCUAUGUAAGAGGGAGGGGUGGAAGAACUCAUGUGUCCCUCUAUGUAAGAGGGAGGGGUGGAAGACGGAUGUCUUGUCCCCCCCCUCCUUAUUACUGAAUAGAGGAAGACGGGACACUUGUCUCUUCUGUGUGUUCACAUGUACCAGGAGAGACGGGGAAACGUCUGGUGUGUUCAUAUGUAACUGUCAUGGAGGAGCAGAGAGGGAUCAGCCGGUAGAGAGAGACUGCACCAUACGGAGAGCUCCUUGGCAGCCCUAUCCCUCUGUUUAAAGAGGAUUAGGUACACGGGGCAUGCUGGAUAAAAGAUCUUUCUUUCUCUCCCUGUGCCUGCCUGUUUGUCGUGGCAGUACACUGGGCCAGGUGGGUGAAAGAUCCCCCCCACCUGGCGUCUUUCUCUCCCUGUACCUGCCUGUUUGUUGUGGCACUGUAGACUGCCUUAAAACUGGGUCGUGUUCAGUAGGAACAAAAAUGGAUAAAGUCAUUGAAAGUGAAACAGAGAGUUUUCAUUUUCAGUUGCAAAAGGUUUUGCUACGCUGUGGCCUAAUGAAAACGACCCUGACCAACUCUCCUCUCACUUGUCAGACCUUCCUGAUUACUGAGAGCUGCCUUUAUCCAGCCUGGCGCUAGUCGGACCCCUCCAUAACGGGCUGUGUGUUUUAGACGGUUGCUCAUGUGUUCCUGUGGAUGUUUCUCUGCCUUGUCAGGUGGCCAGCUUCACCCUACGCUGAUCAAGGAAUCUAUGUUUGUGCCGAUGAGUUCUAUGCUUUUGUCAUCGUACAUAGAAUAUGGCAGUGACGGUGUGAUGAUGGUUUUGCGCCAACAACAAAAAAAAUCAUUGAGUUUGUCUUUGAAACUUUUAGGAAAUACUUUAGAGCAACACUUAUUGGGGAGGUACUGUAUCAUAAAGUACAAGUUGACCGCUUAGUAUUGAUUGGGACUUGAUAUUAUCUCCUACUUAACUGACAUUCAUCUUAACCGUCUAAUGACUGACAAGUCAUAUUUAGCUUUUUUGCUUCGGGCAAAUAUUGUGUUUACUAACGUCGCCAAAUUCAACUCAACAAGUCAUGGUUUAAUUGGAAACCCAAGUUGUCCUGUCCCAGUCUGUAUCGAUUUCAAUGGAUAUUUCCAAGAACAACAAAGUUAAAAAGCAACGUUUUGUUAUUGCUCUGAAGGAAUACCUCAAAUGAUCUUAGAGAGUCUGGCUCUGUGCGGAUUAGACUUGGGCGCUAUAUCGUAUACUGGGGGGUUUAGGAGUAUCCAUAUGAUUUUAUUAGUUUUCUUUUUGGGGGG